AUGCAACCACACAGAUUCCUCAACGGGCCCGAGCCCAUGAAAGGCUUGGAAUGGUUCCGGUUCCUCCGGGAAAUGAUCUGGCAUAAUACCGGAUUCGACUUGCUGAGGAAGAUCAUUCCAUACAUCGAGGACUAUGAGCCAUGGUUUGAGCCUCAAGUCGUUCUUCUCUCGGACGCGACCGAAAGCAAAGGGGCCAAUGGUAUCUCGACGACGACAACCGUGGAAGAGGCAGACAAGCCUGGUCCGCCAGUCGACCUAUCCGGGGCCAAGUACUACUCAGCGGCCGACUACCGCGAACUGUAUCUCUCGGGUGCCUUGACGCCCACCGAUGUCGCCGAGGCACUGUUGCCCUUGAUCCGGCGUGACAUACCCAACCCAACCGAGCACUCCAAGGCCUGGUUCGAGUUGCGAACCGACAAGGUGCUCGCCGCAGCACGCGAGUCUACACAGCGGUACAAAGAAGGCCGCUCCCUCGGGCCCCUAGAUGGGGUUCCGACUGCCGUGAAAGAUGAGUAUGAUGUGGAGGGUUACCACACCUGUCUCGGCUCGCGCAACACUUACUCGUCUCCGCGCGACAAGCAGGAGAGCUCGUGGUGCGUGCAAAAGCUCGAAGCCGCAGGCGCCCUCAUCCUCGGCAAGCUCUCCAUGCACGAAUUCGGCCUCGACACAACGGGCAACAACCCGAUCCACGGCACGCCGCGCAACCCCCACAACCCCAACUACUACACGGGCGGUUCGUCUUCCGGCACGGGGUACGCCGUCAGCGCGGGCCUGAUCCCCAUCGGUCUUGGAAGCGACGGCGGAGGCAGCAUCCGGAUCCCGUCCAGCCUCUGCGGCGUGUUCGGGCUCAAACCCACGCACGGCCGCCUCUCCUUCCGCCCGGGACCCAACCAUAGCCCAACCUGCGCCGUGCUCGGACCCAUCGCAUGCGACAUAGCCUCUCUCGCAGCCCUCUUUUCAGUCAUCGCCGCCCCCCACCCAACCUCGCCCUUUCCUCCCUUGCCCUCUCCCCUACGUCUUAGGCCCCCAUCCCCCUCAGACCCCAAAGUCCUAGGCAUCCCAUCAGCCUGGAUCGCCCGUGCCACGCCGGCGAUCCAAGCCCUCUGCAACAGCCUAAUCCGCCGCCUGGUCGCCGAGCACGGGUACACGGCGGUGCCCAUCACGAUUCCCUUCCUGCGGGAGGGCCAGCUCGCGCACGCCAUGACGGUCCUCACCGACGCGGCCACGCUCCUGCCGGACACAUCCAACCUGACCCCGGCCAACCGGAUCCUCCUCGCGCUGGGGCGGGUCACGCCGUCGACGGACUAUCUCCUGGCGCAGAAGCUGCGCAGGCUGCUCAUGCAACACCUGGCCUGGCUGUGGCGGGAGCAUCCGGGCAUGAUGAUCAUUACGCCGACGAUGGCGUGCGAGGGCCUGCCGAUUGUGGACGAGCGCGCCGAAAUGCGGUGGGGCGUGAAUGACGGCGAUCGAACGAUGCAGAGUAUGGAGUAUGUGUGGCUGGCCAACUUCUGUGGGUUGCCGAGUCUCAGCGUGCCGGCGGGGUUUGUGCAGGGGAGAAGGAGCAAGAACGGGGCGGGGGAUGUGCCGGUUGGGUUGAUGGCCACGGGGGAGUGGUGUUCUGAGGAACAGCUGUUGAGGUUUGGGGUAGUAUUGGAGGAGGUUGCGGCUGAGAAGAGGAGGCGGCCGGAAGUGUGGGUUGAUGUGGUCGCAGAGGUGAGGAAGAAGGGGCGGAGUGGUUAUAUACCUUAG